AUGGAGUCGGAAAUUGAGGCGCUGCUGAGAGAUAAGGAGAGCAAGGAGAAUGAAAUUAGAAGUCUGAGGGUGGACAUUGAAAACCAAAAGUCCGUCAUCAGUCGAUUCGAGCAAAAGGAGCGCGACGUUGAGAAGCUGGUGCAGGCGAAUGAGAACGAGCUGAAAUUGACUCGAAGCGACGCCGAAGAGAAGCAGCGUUUGGUGGAAGAGCUGCGAACGCAGCUGAAGGAGCUCAGCCAGCAGGUGAACACCAUCAACCAGGCGCAGGAGAUGACUAGAGACGAGUUCCAGUCAGAACUGGCGAAACUGACGCGUGAGCUGACCGACUCGAAGAAGGAAACGCUAACACUGAGCGAAGAGCUGCGCAAGGUGCGCGACAAGGCCGCCGAGGUGGAGGCGGAACGGGAUCACUUUGCAAAGGACGCAGAACGGUACCAGAAGGUAGUAGAGGAGCGGGAGAAGGCGGUGGAGAAGACGGCCACUGAGAUGAGCAGUGUGAAGGAGCAGUACGAGGACUACCGGCGGAGGGUUGAGGCGGAGCUGACGGCCACCAAGCAGAGUGUCACUGCAAUGGGCGACAUUUCGCUGGAGCUGGAGCGGACCAAGGGCCAGACGAGGCUGAUGGAGACGGAGAAUGGGGCGCUGAGGGAGGAGAACCGAGCCCUGGUGGCGAAGGUCGAGGAGCUGCAGGAGGACAUUGAAGGAUUGAAACGCCGCCACACCGAGGUGCUCAAUGAGUUUGAGUUUGAGUGCAAGCGCACUGAGGCGCGUGCCGACGCGGCAGAGAAGAUGGCUCUCAACCGAUAUGAGGAGUUGUCGCACCUGGAGCACCGACAGAACAUCGCCCUGGAGGAGUACCGCUCCAUUGCGGAGACAGAGAAGCGGCUGAUGGAGGCGAAGCUCGAUGAGCUGGAGGGGAAGAUUCGCGACCAGGCGAGACAGCUGCAGGCGGAACAGCAGCGACGCAUCGAGGAGGACAUGGGCAGCUAUGAGCAGCAGGUGGAGUUCCUCAACUCGGUCAUCGUCGACAUGCAGAAGAAGAAUGAUGAGCUGCGCAAUCGAGUGCAGGUCCUCGAGGAGAUUGGUCUUGGCGAGUUUGAGCACUCCUUUCAGUCGCAGGUGGAGACCACUGCUCGUCGCUCUGCGACCUCCACCGCCAGCGCCGGCACCAUGACCAACGGCCACAUACGCAAUAUUCGCAAGUACUGCGACAUCUGCGAGGUCUUCGACUCGCACGACACCGAGGACUGUCCGCAGCAGGCCUCCUCGGGACCGUCGUCAGCCAGUGGACUUCAGCAGCAGGAGCCAGGACACACCUACAACAGCAUCGGCCGCCACGAGGUGCGCCCCUACUGUACGCAGUGUGAACAGUUUGGCCACGAGCUGGCGAACUGCACCGAGAAUGAGACUUUUUGA